CCGCUUCUGCAUUUACUGCCUUUGCCUUUCCAUCUUCUUCGUCUUCAGGGUGAACUCCUCUUCAAAAUGAGGUAGGAUCUGUCACACUCACAAACACGCACCCGGAAUAGACCGUAAGAGAGAGAGAACUGUGGAGAUCGAUGGACGGGAGAGGCGGGUGUUGCAUAGCCAGAUACGGGGGCGGGGGCGGCGGCGGCGGUGGUCUGUACGAUAUGUCCAAGGUGGACCGCAUAAUGCUCAGGUUCCGCCCCAUCGCGCCCAAGCCGACGUGCGGGGGCUCCUCCUCCGGCGCAUCUUCGCCGGAGGGCAAAGACACUCGCGUGCGGGCCGGCCGAGGCAGGAGACGGCAAGUGAGGAGCGGCAGCAACGUCGCCAAGCGCUCCAGCAGGAAGAGAAGGGUUUGCAGCAAAGAGAAGGUCGGAGAUGCGUCGCCGCCCGGGGAGAAGGUGACUCUGCCGCUGCUGCCGGAGAUGCCCGAGCACAAAGUCGGUGGCGAUCUCGGGAACGCGAAGGCGGGCCUGAUGCAAGCUGCUGAUUGUUACAGAUGUGCCAUGGAUCCGGACUUCUUCGGGGACACGGCCAAAAGGCAAAUGCAGAACGUACCGAAGUGGCUUAGGUUCGACGAUAAGACCCCAAAUCCGGCGAACGGAGGCCAUUUUGGCCCGACGAUCACGACGGCGGCGCCGCCGCUGUUGCGGCCUUUGGGCAGACCGUCCCCGUGCGUGACCGUGGAGUGCGUGACGGACACGUGGGUGGACGGGGAGGCGUUAGGGCGCACCGACGACGAGAGGAGGAGGAAUCUGGAGCGGGACACGUGCCCCGGGUUCACAUCGGACGGCCUGGGGAGGGUGACGUGGACGAACGCGGCGCUGAGGAAGAUGGUGGGGCGGGAGGAGGAGCAGGAGGAGGAGGAGGGUUGCGGGGUGUGGCUGGCGGCGAGGGAGGAGGUGGGGGUAAGGGCGGAAAGGAUGAUGUGGGGGGCGUUCACGUGUAGGGUAAGGAUGGAGUACGCGUGCGAGAGGGAGAGGAGGGCGGUGACGCUGCCCUGCGACGUGUGGAGGAUGGACGGCGGAGGGUUUGCAUGGAGGUUGGACGUGGAGGCCGCGCUGCGCUUGGGACGAUGAUAAUGAAAAGGUGAUCAGGCUCAGGCUCAUGCUCAGGUUCCGAUGAGAUAAUAACCAAGAAGUCUCAACCCCAAAAACUCUUCAAAAACCUCCAUGGGAAGAAGCUUUUUUUAACCUUAACCUAAGCUGUCCAAGCUGUGCAUGUGAAUAUCUUUUGCAACUCUCGGUUUGCUGUUUCUCAGCUUUUGUCGUCACGGUUCCUGGUUAUCUGGCCUUUUCCUGAGAAGCCGAUUUGGAGCGGGAAUGCCCUUAUAUAAGUAUAUUAUUAUCUUUUUAACUUUGUAAGAUGUUCAAGCUUUGCAACUUUGAAUGUUCGAUCUGCUGCUGUUUCACGA